AUGAAGGAUACAAGAUGGGUGAUGGAAGGUGAAGCAAUGGCCGGGCUUGUCAAACUUAGAAGGCUGUCAGAGAAGAGCUAUCUCGGACUUAUAGGAUACAAGUAUAAGACACGUACCCAAGUCGAUGUCUUGAAGAAGAUCUUUGAGAUCACUCAUUAUCCCUCGCAUGAUACAAGACUAAAUCUGGCGAUUCUGCUAAACAUUUCCCCGAGGACAAUACAGAUAUGGUUUCAGAACUCUCGAUCUGUGUCAAGAGGAGCUAAAAAGAAAGGAUCUCCUUCUGGCCAAGGCUCACCAGGAAAACCAAAGAUCAAAAUUAUCAAUAGCCUGACCAUUCCUGUUAAGUACAUCAUAUGGUUGAUCUUAAACAGUUCGUCAUAUUCCCAGAUAGGAAAUUAA